AUGGUCAAGGAAGCGAAGUAAAUAAAAGAAAGAAAAAAGGAAAAGAAAAGCGCGCGGAUAGUACGUAGUGGGGGUAUAAGAUCGGAGCCAUCUGUCAUGGCCGAUACUCGGUGCGUGGAUGUAGUUUUGGUCGGUCCGUGUCGGCGCGCGGAGCGUCCUACUGCUGGUGUUGCAGUGAAAAAAGAUGGGCCGAAAUAAUGGGCAGACGGUUAAGCGAAGAAGGCGUUAGCGAUCUGACGAUCCUCGUACCGGACGAUUUUUUCGAUAAGUCCGGGACGAUGGAGUCACGGCCACGACGAAGUCGAUUACGGAGCGUCGUCGGGAUAUGUUUCUUUCUCGCUUUAACCGGGAUCGUAUAUCUUGGUUACUUUUGUCCGGAUCACGUGUGUGCCCUGACCAAUCGACAGGACGUCAAGGAUUCCGCGAGAAUUCCAGAGGGUCUCUCUCUUGGAGCACCCGCAGCUGCCUUGUCUUCUGUUUCCAUCGAGCUUGACAAGAACGGUCUCUUUUCUGUACAUCCUGCGUUUAAGCUUCAAAGUAUACAGGGAAGCCUUGGAUACGAUGAUGUCUUUGCCAAUGAUACUUUUCAAUUUGACAUCAAUGCUCAUGACGUCAUGGUUUUCCUGCAUAUUCAAAAGACAGGGGGAACAUUGUUUGGUAAACAUCUAGUAAGAGAUCUGGAUCUGCAGAGACCAUGUUCUUGCCAGAGAAGACGUAAGCGCUGCCUUUGUUUCCGUCCAAAUCGCAAUGAAAAUUGGCUUUUUUCUCGGUACUCUACUGGUUGGAAGUGUGGGUUACAUGCUGACUGGACUGAAUUAACUAGUUGCGUUGAUUCUGAGUUGAAUAAAAUUGAAGGGGAAGGAAUUAAGCGUAGAUAUUUUUACAUAACUAUCAUAAGAGAUCCUGUUGCACGUUAUUUGUCUGAAUUUCGACAUGUGCAAAGAGGUGCAACAUGGAGAGGUGCACGUCAUUGGUGUGGAGGAACUCAAGCUAAUAUACCACAGUGUUAUAAUGGACCUAGUUGGCAAGGAGUUAGUUUAGAACAGUUUAUGGAGUGCCCAUACAAUUUGGCAAGCAAUCGUCAAACAAGAAUGCUGGCUGAUUUGUCAAUAGUUGGUUGUUACAACUCUACGCUUAGCAGCUUGGACAGGGAUCGUCUUAUGUUGGCUAGUGCCAAACAUAAUUUACAAUUUAUGCCUUUCUUCAUGUUGACUGAGUACCAGAAAGUGGGCCAGUAUUCAUUUGAAGAAACGUUUGGAAUGAGAUUUGCUGUUGCAUUCGAACAGCAUAAUGCCACCCUUAGUGCAGCUACUAUGGCCACUCUUAACCCAGAACAAUUAGAUGCAGUGCGUAGACUUAACAAAUUGGAUCUGGAACUGUAUGAUUUUGCAAAGAAACUUGCAUUUCAAAGAUUUAGAAGACUCAAAGAUCGCGAUCCUUACUUCGUGCAACGAUUUCAGCACCUUGGAGAAUUACCCUCCAGACAAAGUGCCACAGAAUUUAAUUGGGACUCUGUUAUUGAAGAUACAACAGAUAACGAAUAAUAUGUGAGUAUAUUGACAGACAUUAUCGAUGCUUCGCAUUCGCGAAUAAAUACAGCGGUUGCACUGGAUCUGAGUAUCUCAGGGAAAAUGCCCUUGGAACAGAAUGCUUUAUAUACAUAUAGUUAUCAGACGCAUUUGUUGCGUGAAUUUUACCAAAAGUGUUGUAGAAUUUUACAUGGACAAGACCAAAGAGAGCUCCAAGAACCUUGGUAUUAUCCUUGGUACUUUUUCAGUGGUUUCAUGUAAGAAUAGAAGUCAGAUAAUUAUAAAAACAAACAAACAAACUUUAUAUAUUCUUAAAACAUUUGCAAACACUCUGUGAAAGCUCUUCCAUAUAUGUACAUGGCUAAUAUAACUUUGCUUAUAAUGCUGAGAACCAGCUAUAAAAGUACUGAUUUUUCUUCUAUAUGUGAAUAUUAGUUCAUGAAUGGGAUUGCAUCUAUAUUUGUUAAAACAAACUUUUAUAAUAGAUACACAUGUAGAAUUAUAACAUUUUAUGCGUUCAACAGGAUUCAAGGGAUUUGUACAAAGAAUUAGGAAUAGAACUUCUAUUUUAUUGUGAUAAAAUCUUCAUAUCUUUAUAUAUGUGCACUUUAAAAUGUAGUUUCAAUACUGAGAAAAAUCAUAAUUUCUUCAAUCAUAAAAAGAUAAGGUUCUAUUUUAUUUUUACCAAUCUCACUCUUGUCUAAUAUAUUUAUCUAAAAAUAUCAUUCUUAUAUAAAUAUAGAGUUAUUUGACAUUUCAAAAACAUUAAUAUAUCUAAUAUGUGAAUUACAAGAUUUAUUAUAUCACAUAUUACAAAAAUACAUUUUACAAGUAUAUAUCUUUUUGUAAGUAAAAAUAUAUAGAUAUUACAUCUUUUUAAAUAUGGUAUUAGCUUUUCUAGGAUAUGACCGCAAAUAAUUACAGAUUUGAUUAGAUAUAGAAGUUUUAAAUAAAUUAUCUCUCAGUUUGAAUGCAUUUAUAAGGAAGAGUUACAUACAAAUGAAUAAUACUUAUGAUGACAGCACUUUUAAUUAAUACAGGAUUAAUGCAAGUACAGUUUUAUAUCUCAAACAAUUUAGCUUUUGGCUUAGGGUUGUGACAUCUAGUUAUUAAGUAUAUGUUUCGAACUAUUAUUAUUAUUUCAAAAUAAUUAUUUAUCGAUUACUUUUAAUCAUUACAAUAUAAUACACACAACCUGUGUGGAAACAAAAACAUUUGAUAUUAUAUCAUAUAAACAUAUAACCCUUGGUCCUGAGAACAAAAGAAAGAUCUCAAAUCAUUGUUUUAUCUCUCUUUAGAUUCAUGAAUAGUGUGAUGAAUUAUAUUAAAAAUUAUCUAACAUUUUAUCAAUUUUAGACAUAAUGAUAAUUUUAAUUGGUAGUAGAGCUUUUUAAUAAAUCAUAUAUAGAUUAUAAAUUACUUUUGUAAAUACAUCAAAAGAUAUAUAUUUUGUAAUUGGAUUAUUUGCAUUGUCAAGGAAAUGGUAUUAGGUUUAUUAAAAACAAUUUACAUAGUUUAAGUGAUAAGAUUUUUAUGAAAGAAAUUAGUGACAGAGGCAAUACAUCUGAUAAUUAUCAUGAUAUUGAAUAAUAAAUAUUUAAUUAUAUAAUUAUGAUAAAACAGCAACUUGGUUUAGUAUGUAGUAUUUCUGAUAAAACGAUCAAAUGGCGUCCAAAACAAUGAGUGCAGUCUGGUAGAAUUACUUAAUAUAUAAUAUGCGUAACUUUUAAAUAAUUUAAUGAAAUGAAGUUAUAGAUAUAUUGGUCACUAAUUAUAUCUCUCAAAAUAAAAUGGAAAGCGUGUUAAAUUUAAUUAAUUAUUAAUAAUUACUGCCUAAUGAGAAUUAUGUGCAAUACAAUUCGCUGGGUUACCAUUAUAAAUAUUUCAUAUCAUCCAGUCAUAAACUAAAUGUAAUAUAUCUUAUACCUUUUUAGCAAAUAUUUUAUAUAUCAUUAAGGCAUAGGUUGCAAGGGCUCUCUUGGAUAUAUUAAUGUUGGUCUCUCGAAUGAACACAAUAUUCCUAUAAUAAAAAAAAAAAAAAUAAUAAUAAUAAUAAAAUGAAAUAAAAAAAAAAAAUACUAGUAAACCAGUGCCAUGAAAUUGCUA